AGUAAAAAGUGAGCUCCUCGGACGCACGACAACACACCAACUGAAGUGGAAAGCGGCUCCUGUUCUGCUCCUCAUCCCAUUUCGGACGCGUAGUACAAGGCUUCAGGCUGCUGCAGGACUGCAUCGAGAGGAAGAAGUCAGAGUUAGGAAGGCAGUUUCGAUUUGGGCUCGCUCGUAAAGUUUCCCUACGGUUUCUUGUUUGACUCUUUAUGCCAACUCAUUAGCAUCUUACUUCGUAUAGUUUAUAGCUGGAAAGGUGGAAACCAACUAUUUUCGUUUGCCAUCUCGAAGAUUACAUUUAACUAAUGACGGCAGAGGUCCAGCAGCCCCCAGCGCAGACUCCUGCUCAGAGCAGUCCAAUGUCUGCCCCGGAGAAGCCGCACGGACAGACGGCAGUGAUGGAAACUGCAUCCUCCACUACGAAAACCAAAAAGACAAACGCGGGGAUCCGCAGACCAGAGAAACCCCCAUAUUCAUACAUCGCCUUAAUAGUCAUGGCUAUCCAGAGCUCUCCAACCAAGCGCCUGACGCUCAGUGAAAUAUACCAGUUCCUACAGAGCCGUUUCCCGUUUUUCCGGGGCUCAUACCAGGGAUGGAAGAACUCCGUGCGUCACAACUUGUCUCUGAACGAAUGCUUCAUAAAACUACCCAAGGGCCUCGGCAGGCCCGGGAAAGGCCACUACUGGACUAUCGACCCGGCUAGUGAGUUUAUGUUUGAGGAAGGGUCCUUCAGAAGGAGACCCAGGGGUUUUAGGCGCAAGUGCCAGGCGCUCAAGCCCAUGUACAGCAUGAUGAACGGCCUGGGCUUCAACCACAUCCCCGAGUCCUACAACUUCCAGGGGAGCGGCGGGGGACUAUCCUGUCCACCUAACGGCCUGUCCCUGGACAGCGGGAUUGGGAUGAUGAAUGGACACUUGGCGGGUAACAUGGAAGGGAUGGGUCUGUCCGGGCACACCAUGUCACACUUGUCGACCAACGGUGGACAUUCCUACAUGGGAAGUUGUACAGGAUCCACCGGGAGUGAUUAUCCACACCACGACAAUUCCGGCUCCCCUCUGCUCACCAGUGGAGGAGUCAUGGAGCCUCAUCCGGUCUACUCGAGCUCAGCCUCUGCGUGGGCUCCGGCCCCCUCGGCCUCUAUGAAUAACGGGGCCUCCUACAUAAAACAGCAGCCUCUAUCUCCUUGUAACCCAGGGGCAAACUCACUGCAGCCAAGCUUGCCCACACAUUCAUUAGACCAAUCGUACUUGCACCAGAACGGGCACAGUACUACAGAUUUACAAGGUAUUCCUCGGUACCAUUCCCAGUCUCCAAGCAUGUGUGACCGAAAGGAGUUUGUGUUCUCGUUCAACGCCAUGACGUCUUCUGCGAUGCACUCACCGAGCAGCAGCUCGUACUACCACCACCAGCAGGUUUCCUACCAGGACAUUAAGCCCUGCGUCAUGUGAUGCCCCGGCGGACAACCCGCAGACCAGAGGACGGUUUCCCAGGUCGGUGAACUGAAAGGAGAACAAAUGAGUUAACUAACCACUGAGAGACAUAAAGGCAUGCCCCGGCCAAUGGAGAGCGUUCACAGCUUCGAGCCGACCGGACUACUUUUAUGUACUGUUUCACACAGCGACAACACGGAGACAGGCCCAUCACAAAUCACCCACAUAAUAAUGAUAAUAACAAUAAUAAUAAUAUAUAAUAAUGAUAAUAAUAAUAAUGAUAAUAAAGAAAAACGUUUUCAUGCCAUCAACAUCGACCAGCGGGGUAAAGACUGGGUGUAUGAAACCCUGCUGCUGUUUGGUACUUAGUCCUUCUUAGCGGAUGACUACCACUUCACACUUUUGUUAUUUUUGUUUUUCUUCUUGAAGUAAGUCAAUGUAAAAAUGCACACACUUUUAUCUGCCUAAAGUUUUAACUUGUCUUUUCUUUGACAAAUUAGAUUGAGGCUCCUUUUUUUUCUUUCUUGGACUUCCAUACCAGCGUUGAAUUUUGGAAUGAACCGUUUUAGACAUCACAUAAACAUGUUCAUAUAUUCUGUGUAAAAAUUGAUGAAGGCACUUUUUGAAUAGCCUAUAAGCGCAUCUUUUUAUUUAUUCUUGUGGCCUACAUAUUUUAAUUUCAGGCGAAUUGGCCAAAGACGUAUAUUCUUUAUUGGCAAUAUUUGUCAGAACGCUUGUUAUUUGUUUUAAAAUGAAAAUUGAGGAUAUAUUGUAA